AAAUGCUACAAAUUGUAGUGUCAAUGAAAUUAAAGAAACAGUGUUUGGAUGGUUGAUGGGGUCAUUGUAUUGUGGAUUUUCAAUAGGACCAAUGAUUGCAGGAUGGAUAAGUCAAGCUACUGGUAAUAUUAUGUCACUUUCCAUAUUUUUACCAGCAUCAAAAAACAAUAGAAAUAAUGAAGAAAGUAAAGUGUUAGGAAGAUAUGCAUUAUUAAAUUCAGCAAUAAUAACUUUUUUUACAUCCUUUGCAAUUUAUGGAAUACAAGCAGUGUUCUUAUUAUAUAUAUCGUUAGUAUUUAAACUAUCAGUGGUUGAACAAGGUUAUCUUUUAUUUGUUAUCGGUGGAGCAAGAGAUUUAAUAGAAGAAGAGAGCGAAGAAAGUAAAUUACGAUUAAAAGGAGAAUUGUUGAAAUUAGAAAUUUGGGUAAUUAGAAUUGGAUUAUUUAUUGAAGCUGCUUGUAUGACUUUAUAUGGAAUAAUAAGUAGUGGCGUUGCAUUAAUAGGAGUGGCAGUGACUGCAUCAUUAGGAUCAACAGCAUUUCCAACUUUGAAAUCAUUUCAAACAAAUUUACUGCAAUUGCAUCACCAAUAUGUUUUAAUACGUUGUAUAGUAUAUUUGUCACCGGAUCUUCUCCAUAUUUUAUAUGAAGAAGGAGGAAUAGGAUAUGAAAUUAGUGACGGAGAAUAUGUUGAUGAUGAUGACAUUAAUGUUGUCAUUGAUGUAAUAGAUGGACCCGUGGUUAAUUGGUACUGGUUAGAAUAUGAUUGA